AUGGUUCGAGAAAAUAAAUUUGUUAAAAGGGCUACUAUUACUGACAAGAAAUGUCAUAGUUGGAAUGCUAGAGAAAAGCUUGCAGCUGUUUUAUUUCAAGAAAAAAAGUGCAGUAUACAUCUUACUGCUGCAAAAUUUAAUGUUAAACCUAAACAAAUCUGUGACUGGAGAGAAAAGAAAGAGAUGUUGAUGAAAGCAAGACCUCAUAUAAAACGUUUAGGAGAUGGAGCCAAGGCAAAAUAUCCUGAGUUAGAGAAGUCUCUUGUAUCUUGGAUUAAAGAACUUCGUCAAAGAGGAAAGCAAGUUACUAGAUGCAUGGUACAGUUAAAGGCAAAAGGAUUAGCUAAACAAUUAGCAUGA